GACCGCCGCGCUCACGCUCGCCCAAGCCGAGAGGACCACGGGGGCGGCAGCGGAGGCCAUGGCGAUCGCCGAAGGCACCGGCGUGAAUCGCGAGUCCAGCGACAAGCCCAAGUUCUCCGUCAGCUGGGAUCGCGAGCUCCUCGACGGCAUCGAGGAGCUAGACUGUGCAGAAUCGGAGCGCACGGCGCUGCAAAAGGUCUCCGCCAUGGUGGCCAAGGCCGAGGAGGUCCAGGCUGCGGCGGCCGACCGCAUCAAGAAGAAAAGGAAG